AUGGCGAAAGGCUUCGACGAUCUCAUUGAGUUUUUGCUCGAGGAAAUAGCCCUGCGCGGCGAGCAAGGCGCAAGCACUUCCGACUUCAAGGACCUCAUCUACAAAUUUUACGCUGAACAGGACAAUGACGUUCGUCCGGGUCGUGGCGCGGCAUCGACGCAGCACGCUGACCGCCGCCUGCAAGAGAAGGUCUGGAUAUGGCUGACGGCCCAUCCGGACAUCUGUUUGAACGGAGGCCAGAGCGAGCAGAUUCCAUCGCUUACAGAUUUCGAAGCCCUCGAGAGUCAGGAUAGGCCCAAUCCCGCGACCGAGCCUCCAAAGGCUGGCGAGGAGAACGGGGAAGCGGCUUCGGCUUCGGCUGCCAACGAUGCUGCUCUCAAGCUUUUCGUCAGUGAAGAGCGGAUGUGGAUGGCCAUGACCGGACACGGCGUGGAUGCGAAAAGGAUACCCCGCCACGAGUUCAUCAUCCUGUCCAUCAUCGCGGCCCAUGGCGAGAAAGGUGUCGUACAGCCAGAGAUCACUCGCAUUAGCGGCCAAGAUAAGCGCUCCGUGCCGAAGCGAACGGAUAAUCUGGCGAAACAUGGCUACAUUACCAAAGUGCACGUCCUCGCAAAAGGCACGCGUACUAGUCUCUGCACCCUCAAGAGGUAUGCGAAGACACAGAGGGAGAAGAAGGCCGCACUGCCUCCCAUCCACGCUCGCUCUACUCCGGAUGAAAUCAAGGCCGUUAUAUUCCAGGACGGCUUGCUUCUGUACGACAAAUUCUUCGACAUUCUCAUGGAUAUCCUUCAGGAUUGUAAGAUCGUAACCAUCGAGGACUGCAAGAGAAAACUCGGCAUUACGACAAAGACUUGGGAGAUGAAGUCUCUGUGGAGGUCCAUGAGACGCUUGGAGGGUCUAGGACUUGUCAAGAAGGUGAAGGCUCAGAUCAAAGGAUACGCCGCAAGCCAAAAGUGGUACCGCUGCAUCAAGAUGGUCCGAGAACCCACGCAACGUGAUAGGAUGAUCUUCGUGACCAUGAGUAUGAAAGAGGCAAAGAAACACAAGAGGGAGACAGAGGCUGGGGUGGAUGAGGAUGCUGAAGGUUACCUUGAUCCUGACGAGGAAACAGAGGAAGCCGGAGCAAGCCAGGCCCUGGUCCAGCAAGAGAGUGAUGUCCAGGAGAUCAAAAGGCUUCCCCCGCAGUGGGACCCUGACCGCCCGGUCAUCAAUCUGCUCUGGGACAUCAUCAGGUCCACAGGUCAUUCAGGCGCCACAACUGCCAUCAUCCGCGAUCAGGGUCUGGGAACUUUCUAUCGUCGUCCAAUCGAUGCGAUUCUUGGCCGCAUCUCCGAUAUCUGGCAUAUCUCCCAACCGCCUCACCUUCGCCACUUCGCCAUCAUCCGAGACACAGGCCAAAGUGACAAGUACCUUCAUUACGUCUACCGGACGUAUGGCAAUUUCCAACUUGCUGUGGACGUCGGAGAAGCUGCCUGGGAAGUCGUCAUCACGCAGCCUGUAAACAUGAACCCCGGCAAAAAACCUCGGGCCAAAGUCCAGAAGAACGUCCGAGAGGCCGUCCACCGUGAGUAUGGAGAGAUUGAUGAAUGGGGAUUCCCUCAAAUCAACGAGUCCGCCUUUGAAGGCCACAGUGGCAUGGCUACCCUGAAGGAUUCCAACAAGGCUCUGAUGACAAAUCUUAAGCCCCUUCCGAGCCGUGGCUACAUGCCGACCUUCAUCACCGGGGGCUACGUCCGUUCUCAGCGGAACGCCUCGGUUGAUUCGGAUGAGGACUUCCCACCAGCUUCCUCUCGCAAACGAUCAGCGCCGGGUGUUGACAAGUUGAAAAGAAAAUAUACGUGGCGAUCACCCAAUGGCCCGGGACCUGGCAGAAGAAAGAAGUCUCAACUCGCUCAUGAAGCAUCUCUUACUCCUAACCAGACUGAAAAUGUCGACAAUGGAACAAGUGUUGCAGAAGCCCCAGGACCCGUUCCCGACACGUUGGAUGGGAGUCUAGAAAACCUCGGCGGAGGUGAGCAUCCUGACGCAACGCCAGCCAAAAGAGCCUACAGACGCAAAAAGUUGCCCAAGCUGGCCGACACGCCUCAAGAAGAGAUCGAGGAACGGCAGCCCGGCGUUUAUCUCAACCCUAUCUGGGGCAAGAAGCCACGGGAUCCAACAGUUAAGGGUCGACCAAAGAAAGCUAAGGUUGUUGUCGUCGUGCUGGAUGCGCUGAAGGGAUUAGGCGUGACCACGCCUGAGUUCAUUGUGAAAGUUGCGGAUGCCAAAUUGCGAUCCGAUGCCCGGCUCCAAGAGGCGAAAGAUCAAGCAGCAACUCUUCAAAAAGAGACUCUGCCGGACUCACUCCGUGGAGUGUUCCAACCCACCAAUGGUAGUGUUCCAGAACAGACGCCAAUUGCAAGCACGACGCCUAUGCCCACACAAGGGCCGCAGGAGACCCCGGGCGCGAGUAACGCGGCCGAACCUCCGAUUUUCCAUAUGCUCGAUGAGAUGCCUUCUUCGCAGUCAUUCUCUACUCCAACGGGACCACUGAAUGCGGCCUCACAGAUGCGUCAAAUGUCGCUUGAGGCCUCUUCUACAAAACUCGCACCUUCCACUCCGAUAACAUCAGACGAGACACCUGCCACCAUCCUCAAAAAGCGAGGAAGAGCACGAAAGGAUCCCAACGCACCUCCAAAGCCCCGCAAGAUGGCUAAAAAGAAAGCUGGAGAUAUUGCCACUAGUUCGGCUGCUAACGGCGCGUCGACUCAGCAGCCCCUAUCCCCCUACCUUACAGCACCAUCCGUUGUAGCUGCUAUUCCUCCUAGAGGGGAUGACAUAGGUUCAGCCUCUGCUGUUGCAGCUGAUCUCUCAAUCCCAUCAAAACAGAGCCAACAGCCGAAGAACCAGACGCUGAGUGGCCAAUUGGCAACACAAGGUAGAGGUUCGGAUGACGCGGUUGAUCAUGAUGGAAGCCAGCCUGGAGACACAGAAUCCUCCUCGAAAGCGCCUACUACGUUCAACCCCUUCGUUGCUAUGGCGGCGGAGUACCAAAAGAGCUAUCCAGCGCUAUACGCUCCUACUCCUCAACCUUUCAACCCCUUCAUUGCGGCUGCACAAGAACAUAACAGAAGCGUCACAUCAACUCCCGUUCCUUCGUUCCAAUCUCCUGCGGGGAACUCGACUACCGGAAUCACGCCUUCCAAUAGACCGAUGUUGGCGACCGCUCAGCGCACGGAUCUGAAUAUGCCAACAUCAAGCCACGGGGAUCAAGUCCGUCCCAACAGCUCAAGUUCAGACAGGUCCUUUGCAGCCAUGCGGUCGAACUCGUUCGGCCAACUUCCGGCAUUGAAUGGUCAUCGGCGGCCAAACCUGACAACGAGCGAUUCUGGUAUGGCUAGAUCGCCAACUGGUGGAGCAUCGACUUACCUUGGUAACUCACGGCCUACAACAUCCGCAAAUGGUGCUGUCAGGAACGGCAACAGGCCCAAUUUACUACCCGCGUUGGCACCUGCGGCAACUUCAUCCGCUAGUCAACAAGGAUUGAGUCGGCACAGCGGCCUUUAUGACCAGCUUCGUUCAGCCAGUCUAAGUGGCACUUCUUACCAGAAUCACUUCAGCCAGGCGUUUCAUCACCUACCAUCUGGGGCUCCCGGUGCAGCAGUGAGAUCAAAUAAUGGUCGAGGUCCAAUUUGGGGUACCUUCACUCCUUCGAAGCAGCAACUUUCAAGUCGGACCCCGGACACUGCCUCAAUUUUGGCUGCAAAGCCAAGCGCCUCACCUAUAAGGCAAGAUGCAUACCACGUCUCCUCUCCCACGCCGCCUGUGCGAUCGCCAGGCUUGAUUGUGAGCUCGCAGUACUCCGCCAAAAGAGCUGAUGAGCGCCCAAUCGAGAUUCCAGAUGAAACGGGAAGCGAAACCGAAGAAGACCAGGGGCUACUCAGGCGCGUUUCCUCAGCUUCCAAAAGGCAUGACGCUAUUUCCGAGAUGAGGGAAGCUGCACAGACUUCGCCUGGUCGCAUCAACCAGAACGUUGCUGAUAACAUCGAGCAAUCGUCUGUUGCCGACCAUACCGCAGAGGAUGCAGCUGCAAGAAUGCCGGCUGCCCCAGAAGAUGACACGAUGCAAGAUGCCAUGCCAAUGCAGGAUGAAGACCAUGAUGACUCACACUUACCACCAGAAACUAGCUCUACGCCAAAACAGGAGCCUCGAAGCGGUGUGUUGUUGACAGAGUCUCCAUCGGCUACUGGUUCGACAGCACACCCCACUCAUCCAUCUUCUGCUGACCAGCCUCCUUCUGCUGAUAUGCCUUCUAUUGCAGCUCAGGAUGAACAGAUGCCUCCUCUUGAAGAGGAACCACCUGCUUCCGUACCUGCCAAACGCCAGAAAGGCAAGUGGGCAGGAGGAAAGAAGCAGGGUGUCAAGUUGAGCGGUGGAGGGAUUCUAAAUUUUAACCGUACCAAACUCCUUGUCAGCAUCAUCGAGAAAUGCGGCGGUGUCUUCCCGGGCGAUUUCGAGAUCCACAGGCCUUUUGUUGGUACUUGGAACAAAGAGUAUGGUGCGGAAAGACAAGUCGACCGCGACACCAUCAAAAGAACAAUCAAGAAUGCCAUCGACUCCGGAAAAGUGCGCCGGUUUGCGUACUCUUUCAAGAACAAAAACGGAGUCAUGACAAGCAGACACAUCCUCACUUUGCCAAGUAUUGCUCAAUCGGAUCCGCUGGUGACGGAAACUCAGAAGAGAGUCAUUGCGGCAUGGCCUCGUGUUUAUACCCCCCCUCAGAUGCAGGAGUAUGAAGAGGAGAUCGGAAACUCCUGGUACGGCGACAAGUAUAAGAAGGACACGUCGGUCCGCGUGGAACGCUCGAAUUUACCCCCCUGGAUGCGGGAUAUGGAGUUGCGUACGGCUGAGAACCAGAGAAAGCGAGAAGAGGAGAGGACACGCAGGCUUGAGCGUGAGGCCAGGGGACUUCCUCGUCUCACCAGGCCUGGUCGCGGACGCGGUGGGCGUGGUAGAGGAGGGGUGCCUCGACCAGUGCUCACCGGCCGCACUGGACGCAAGCGUCUUGCAGGCCUUCCACGACCAGCAGCUGAUCCAGAUGAUGAUCCCUGGAACCCAUUUCAGCCAAGAUAUCUCCGGCCUUAUGAUUCUGAUGACGAAGAACGCCUUUUUGCGCCGACGGCUCCGACCAGAACCCGCUCAAUCAGUGAGCUAAGCGGCACCUUCCAGGUCGAUAACUUCAUCUUCCAUCGUCCAACGCACGAUAGCGCACUCGCGUCCGAUUCUGAAGACAGCAGUAUGUUUGGAACACCAUUCAGCUCGCGGUCAGGGACACCCGUGCCAUUCACACCAUCUAGGAAGAGGAGGAGACGUUCAUCAGUCAACUCGCUUGGGUCCACUGACACUACAGAGACUCCUGGUCGAGUCCCUACGUUCCAGGUCGACCUCAGCCAAUCCAGAGGCCGUAGAGGCUCAGUUGCAUCCGUUGAUUCAUCCCGCGCAGCUUCGGUUUCUUCAUUCCGUCUCAACAAGCCCCGUCCAUUGGAGUGGAGCUUUAGACAUGCCGGGCCCGACACAUACGAUCCCACGUGGCACAUUCAAGACAUUACUACCCUGACUGAUCCUGACAUUCUUUUCUAUCACAACACUGGAACCUUCUCCACUGAGUACCAUGUAGUCCGCGAUGCGCGUCUGGCACUGUGGGUGCAGCCUCACGCACAACACCAACAGGAGUUCGAGGAUUCCCUACCCUGGUCGCUGAAGGAGAUGAAAGACUCAGUCAAGAUGAAGGGCAAGGAGCGUGAUCAUAACCGGCGUGGAAACGCCAACCUCAGCAGAUUCGAAAGAGAGCUCAUUGUUGUCAGCCACUGGGAAGACCAGUACCUGAGAAAGAAUGAGGACCUUGGUUUGGCUGUAAGGCAGCCACACUUCAUCAACCACAACUUCUAUGGUGAUCAGGAGGAGCCUGAGAACGAGUGGACGGUGACAGGCCUGAAAUGGGACGACAUGUAUAGCCAAACCUUUACUCCUUACGAUCCGCCUUCUUUUGACGAAACAGAUGAGAGCGACGCUCCCGAUUGGGUCGUUGUAGAGGGCGGUAAACGUCGGAGGAGGACCGGUGGAGCUGGUACACGCGGCACUAAACGCCGUAGGAGGACUGCUGUGCUGGAUGCGCUGGACGAUGGUGUUGCCGAGCCGCGUCGUCGCCAGAAGGGACCCAGGCCGUCGAAGUCACACUUGGCUCGCGCUCCCACCCAAGAUCCGUUGUGCGUUAUCUCAACCUCCGACACCAAAAAGCUGCUCUACGCCAUGGUGGUCGUUCAAUCGCUCCUUGGUGGUAUUGAAGGCUACACCAGUUGGGAUCAGAUCAGGAGGCUAUUCAGGACGCAUGAACGCUGGGAUCUCACCUCGUUCCGAAACCGCUGGGUCUGGCUCAAGACUCGCUGUGCAGAAGUGGUUGAGAGCCUUUUUGAUGAGUUCCAACAGGCAUAUCUGUUGGCGUACGAGUGUGGAGACGUUCAACCUAUCAACUACGACAAUGUUGACGACUACGACUGGGACGGUAUUGUCAAGUGGACGAUGCAGAACAUCAGCAUCAAGCCACACAGGAUGGCGGAUCCCCAUUCUGACCUCCCGACAAGCCGCAAAGAGUUGGAUGCCGCUUUUCUUGUCCACGAGACUAAUGAGUGGAACGGUCCACCGAAGGAAUCGCUGUACAAUGAAGGCUGUCUGUCCACGAGACGCAAAGAGCUUACGCAGCAGUAUUCGUUCUACCUUCCCCUUACUGCACGGCCAAAGCCGAAGGAAAAGUCCACUUCAAGCCAGCUAGAACAAAAGACACUCGAACGGGCCAAGACUUGGGUUCGGUCCGUCAUUGUAACGCCCGAGGAACGGUUUGACACGGAGACUUUUGGCACGAAGCUCAAGGCGUUCGAAGACAAGAUUCUCACCAAGGUCACGUCCGAACUCGUCUCAACCAAGUACUUCCGAGACGAACAAAAGGGCCGCACCAAGCCCGGCCGCAACUACGGCGUCGACCGGACCUUCCCCAAGGCCUUCGAGCGCCAGCUCCUCCCCACCCAGCUCAUCGACGCCAUGCGGUUCAAGAAAGACCUCGACGACGCAUUCUCCGGCGGUGCGCCAAGCUACACCGUAUCCAACGCCGCCAAAGACGGCCACGUCCUCGCGAUAAUCAACCUCGCGCAGAGCGGCCACCUCCAGAUCAACCCGCUCCUCCCGGCGGUCGACCACGCCAUCGGCAAACCUUUCCCCCGCCUCACCAAGUGGGGCUUCACCGAGGGCCACUACAAGACGGUCCAGAUGCCUCGCGACCGCGUCACGUGGCCGCUGGAAAUCGUGCCCACGGACAAGUACGUCUGCGGCAACCCGCUGCUGAAGGAGCGGGGCCUCGAGGCUCUGCCGCCGCCGCCCUUGCCGGCCGAUGGCGGCGAGCGCGAGGGGUUCGUGCCGCUGUGGGCUGACCUGUUCGGGGAGACGAUAUGGGAGUGGUGGCAUAGGGUUUUGACUGCGGUGGUGCACGUCGUCUUUGGCCGUCCUGGGAUCGGUGUGGAGGGCGUCAGGAAAGCACUGAAGGAUGCUGUUGAUGAGUGGGAGAUUGAGCUUUGCAUAGGUUGGUUGGUGCAGGUUGGGGCGUUGGAGGAGAUGAGGUUGGGCGUCGUGGAUGGGGAGAGGCCGAGGGGUUGGAGGUUGGGGGAAUGGUGGUGGUGCGUGUUGGCGGAGUAG